CAGAUGCCGAAAAUCUAUGAUGUACCAGUAGAUAUUAGACAAGAGUAGUAGUUCGGUAAUCUGAUAAUUGAAAAUGAUUAUAAAAAUUCUCCGACAGAAUGUGAAAAGUGGCGCUAGCUUUUGCAAGGAAUAAUGUCUUGCUGUCCAGCCGCAACUUGUAAAAUAAUCUGCUUUCCGGCUAAUGACGGAGGCAACGGUAACAGCAAUACCAGCAACUCUUCCAAUGGCUGCAAUACUGUAAAGCGUUGCAAAAGCCGCGAGUUACGUGCUGGUAUUCUUUACGUUGGCUGCGAUUGUCCCAAACGAAAUGGAAUACAGGAUGAUUGCCGAAGGGCAGAGUGUCAGGGCAGUCCUCCGUGCCUUGUAAAGCCGGAGCCGAUCUGCUGCCCAAGUCAGUAUGCAGACGCUCGCCACUACGCGUGCAAAUACAAGAGCCGACCACGAAAUCCUGUCUGCCCUGUGUACACGUGCGUUCCCUGCCCGCCGCCGUGUCCACCUCCACCAUCAUGCCCGCCACCUUGCCCACCAUGCCCACCUUGUCCUCCGCCAUGCCCACCGAAUUGCCCGCAGUACUGCCCGGUGCCAUGCCCACCCCCGCCUUGUGGCCCGCCGAACUGCUUCAUCGCCUGUUCACCUUGCGAAUCGUGCUGCGAUCCAGGCUGCUGAAGUAUUUGGGCUGUGACAACCGAUAUUAAGUUCUCAAGACAUCAAAUAAAAAAAACGAAAAACGUUCAUUAAAAGCUCCAAAAACAUCGGUUCUGGAAAAAUAAAAAUCGAGCACGUCUAUAGCAAUCAGGAAGGAGAACAAAU